UUAAUUGUGUAUUACAAAAAUAAGUGUUGAGUUUCCGAAGUUUAUUUUCGUUAUGAAAGUUAACAAGUGUUUAAUAAAUGGUGGCUUUAUGUGAUUUAUUAUCUACAGUGAGAUAAAUAAUUAAGGAUGCACGCAUACGUUAAAGCACAGAUUUUAAUUGUGGCAUGUGUGAACAUAGGCCAGUUUAUCGAUGGGUACAGCGUGGGCUGGUCAGCUCCCAUCAUCCCGAAACUUCAGAAUGCAACUGAGACGCCUCUGGCAGACGUGGUGACCGACUUCCAGGCUUCAUGGAUCGGAUCACUACUAUAUGUAGGAGCUAUAGUCGGUCCAUACAUCCCAAGUUACCUCUCCAACAUUAUAGGGAGGAAGCCAUGUUUGUUUUUCGGCAGCUUCCUGAACUUAACAGCGUUACUACUGAUAAUCACCACAAGAAAUAUUGCCAUGGUAUUCGCCGUUAGAAUUAUAAGUGGUCUGGGUAUGGGGAUGGUGACAGUCAGCAAUUUGGUCUACGUGGGGGAGAUUGCAUCAACAAACAUUCGGGGUAUACUCUUAACAUCUACAUCCAUUGUGGGUAUCGCCGGGACCCUGGCUGCCUACACCAUCGGGCCGUUCGUAUCCUACGCAGCUACCGGGUACAUAGCCCUGGCGGUCAACCUUGUGCAUGUCAUAGGGAUCUUGUUUAUUCCCGAGUCUCCAGUGUAUUAUGCUAUUAAAGGAAAACAAAUGGAAUCCAAAACCGUCUUGCGUCGUUUAGGCAGAGUUGAUGAUCUAGACAACGUCUUCGAGUCCGUGCGUGGGACUAACCCCAACGAGGCCACGACUUGGAAGGCCUGGGUCAAGAUCUUCACUGUCAAGUCCAACAGGAGGUCUCUCUUCAUCACCCUCAGUCUCUGCACCUUGCAGCAGACCAGUGGUGUCGCUGCUGUGCUGUUCUUUGCUACUACGAUCUUUCAAUUGGCUGGGUCUUCUAUCAGGCCUGACUUAGCAACCAUUAUAAUUGGAUCAACUCGUCUGAUAGCCAGUUUGAUAGCGCCCUUCGUCGUGGAGAGAGCCGGUCGGAGAAUACUCCUGCUAACUUCAACUGCCUUCUGUGCUGUUAGCCUGUCGAUACUCGGUACAUACUUCCAUUUGGACAAGAUACAGAGCCCCAUCAUCUCCGACAUCCGCUGGUUACCGCUGAUGGCUUUAAUCAUGUACUUCUUCUCUUAUGAAAUAGGUUUCGGCACGAUGCCCAGCGCUCUCGUCGGCGAAAUGUUCAGAGGUAACGCCAGAAGCACGGGGUCAGCGGUUUCCAUGACAACGGCGUGGCUGAUCGGGUUUGGCGUGGCAACAGGAUUCACCUCCAUGGUCAACUUCUUCGGCGGUGACGUCACUUUCUGGAUCUUCUCCUUCUCCUGCAUCGUCGCUUUCCUAUUCACUUAUAAGUUCGUUCCGGAGACCAAAGGGAAGACUUUGAAUGAGAUACAAGAGAUUUUAGGAAGGUAGAAGAAUGUUAGUAGUUUUUAAAAGUUGUAUUUUUAUGAUCUGAGCGUUCUCCUUGCAAAAUUCACGUCGUGUGACCCAAAAUUGAUUUCUUUCCUUAGUCGGAGUUUGUAACUGUGAGGGGCUGUUGUUGGAGUGGUUAGUGAGACUGUUUGUAAAAUCAGAGAGCGCUGGUUCGAUUCCCACCCUGAACAACAUUAAUGUAAUGAAGAAUUGUGUUUUCUAUACUAUUAUUUAUUAAUUCAUUAUGUGUGUAUGAAAAAUGUAUAUCACUUGUAUCGUUACCAUAAAGCAAGAUAUACCUAAUUUGGGACUAGAUGACCCCUUAUUAAUGUGAAAAAAAAUUAUAAAUAUUUUAUGUAGUUACGAAUCUAACAAAGACUUUUAUCAUGAGCUGGGAUCUCGUCGUGACGUUUUCGUUCAAAAUAAACUAGUAUUACAUACUUAUCAGUCAGUCUCAUAACUAUACUAGAAUUUUGUAAUGAAACGUUGUUUAAUGAUAUUGCUAUAUUAUUUUUAUCAGAAACUGACACAGGUGAUUUUAUGUUAAUACUUGUUUAGUAGGUAAGAUUAAUGAAUUAUCAUAGUAAUGUAUAUUAAAGACUUAGUUGGUA